AUGGCAUCACAAGAGUUAGCUGUAACAAAGGUGGUUGUUCAUCCCCUUGUUCUUCUGAGUGUUGUGGAUCACUUCAACCGGAUGGGGAAGAUUGGAAACCAGAAGCGAGUUGUCGGAGUCCUUCUCGGCAGCUGGAGAGGGAAGGGUUUGGUUGAUAUUUCGAACAGCUUUGCCGUUCCGUUUGAUGAGGAUGAUCGAGACAAGUCAGUCUGGUUUCUUGACCAUGAUUAUUUGGAGAACAUGUAUAACAUGUUCAAGAAGGUCAAUGCACGAGAGAAGAUUGUGGGAUGGUACCAUACUGGCCCAAAGCUGCACCAAAAUGAUGUCCUCAUCAACGAGUUGAUUAGGCGAUACUGUGCCAAUUCUGUCCUGGUCAUCAUUGAUGCCAAGCCAAAGGCACUGGGUCUGCCAACAGAGGCUUAUCUUGCAGUUGAAGAAGUGCAUGAUGAUGGAACACCAACGACCAAGACCUUUGAACAUGUUGCAAGUGAGAUUGGAGCAGAGGAAGCAGAAGAGGUUGGUGUAGAACAUCUGCUUCGUGAUAUCAAGGACACUACUGUGGGGACAUUGUCCCAGAGAGUCACCAAUCAGCUCCUUGGCCUCAAAGGUCUCUACACUCAGAUCAAGGGUAUUCGGGAUUAUCUGAGUCAGGUGGUUGUUGGAACUCUCCCCAUGAAUCAUGCCAUCAUAUAUCAGCUCCAAGACAUUUUCAAUCUGCUCCCAAAUGUCACUCAUCCAGAUUUUAUUAAGGCCAUGCAUGUGAAAACCAAUGAUCAGCUUCUUGUGGUGUACCUGGCAUCUUUGAUCCGUUCUGUGAUUGCCCUGCACAAUCUCAUCAACAACAAGCUGUCCAAUCGUGAUGCUGAAAAGAAGGAGAAUAUCAAAAAGGAAGAAGGCAAGGACUCAAAGGAGAAAAAGGAGUCUGACAAGAAAGAAGAAGUAAAGGAGAAAGCUGAGGAGAAAAAAUCUUCAUGA